CCCCCUCGUCCCUGCCCCUCUGCCUUCGUCCAUCACCGCCCCUCCCUUUUUCUAUUCCUCCCCUUGCCCUUCCAAUGCUCGGGGGACAUCUUGUCAAUCCGAACCCGGUCGUACACCCGGUGACCCCGCGUGACGCCGGAUCCGUGGCGCCGGAUGUGGCCGCGGCGGCCCUGGUCGGCCUGAGCGCGGCCGGCCGGGCGCCCGGGUCCGCGGCCCUGACCGACGCCUCGGGCAUCGUCACCGCCACCGAAGUCUUCGAGUUCAUCCGUGACAUCAAGGACCCGGAGCACCCCUUCACCCUGGAGCAGCUACGCAUCGUCCGGCCGGAGAAUGUCUACGUGCUGGACCGCGGGGUAGCGUCCGGCGGGCCGGCCCGGGCAGACGGCACCCCGGCCCCGGCGUCCGAGGUGGUCCGCUCCGGCGGCCCCGGCGACGACGGGCAUUGCUACAUCCGGGUGGAGUUCACGCCGACCGUGCCGCACUGCUCGCUGGCCACGCUGAUUGGGCUGUGCCUGCGCAAGCGCCUGGAGCGCUCCCUCGGCCGGCCGAUCAAGCUCGACAUCAAUGUCACCCCCGGCUCGCACCAGACCGAGCACAACAUCAACAAGCAGAUCAACGACAAGGAGCGCGUGGCCGCGGCCUUCGAGAACCCCUCCCUGCAUCCGAUUGUCGAAGACUGCAUCCGGGACUCGGACUACUGAGUCGCGCGCGGCAGGGCGGCGGGGCCCGGGCCCGGGCCCGGCAGGGGCUGGCCAUCGUGCCGUGCAUGUGUCGUCUGCCGGCGGCACCGGCCGGCUCCGCCGCACCGGCCCGGCCCCCUCCCACAUGCAUGCACGCGUGCAUGCAUUCGCGAGCACCGCCACCCCAACACACCUUCAUAGACACGCUUCUGCCAGCGUCCCCU